GUUAUCAAAAAUCACAACUGUAAAAUAUUAUUCCUUUCUUUCAGUUUUUUCUGCUCACUUAUUUAAUUUCUUCAGUAUUUAUAUAUGAAUGACUUGGAGAGUCGGGCAUUUCCAAGUUUCUAAGUUCAAGAGACAUGGCAGAGAGCAGUGAGCCGAGGAGAUGGGAAAUAACAUGGGGUGGUUUUGUGGUGGAGCUGAAGAAGGCAGUUGCUCUCACAGUACCGAUAGUGGCAUCAAGGAUAUUUAAUUACCUCAUGCAGGUUGCAUCGGUUAUAAUUGUUGGACAUCUCGGACAGCUUCCUCUGUCGAGCGCCGCCAUCGCCACCUCCCUCACCAAUGUCACCGGAUUUAGUCUUGUUUCAGGAAUGUCUGGUGCCUUGGACACUCUAUGCGGACAAGCUCAGGGAGCACGACAAUACCAGAAACUUGGAGUGUAUACCUACAGUGGCAUAAUCUCCCUUACUCUGGUUUGCCCUCCAAUCUGCCUCCUCUGGAUCUUCUUUGACAAAUUGUUGCCUCUUGUAGGCCAAGAUCCCACAGUCUCACGUUAUGCUCGCAACUUCUCCCUCUGCCUAAUUCCAUCACUCUUUGGAUCUGCAAUCCUUAAAGCCAUAAUAAAGUACUUGCAAACUCAGAGUUUGACUCGUCCAAUGCUCCUCAGCUCCUUCUGUGUUCUAUGUUUACAUGUGCUUGUAUGCUGGCUUCUUGUGUUCAAAUCAGGAUUAGGGUAUCUUGGUGCAGCAGUGGCAUCUAGUUUAUCUACUUGGCUGAAUGUGGCAAUCAUUGGGUUUUAUAUAAAAUUCUCCCCUGCCUGUAGAAGAACACGCGUACCAUUGUCCAAGGAAGCCUUUCAAAAUAUUGGGAAAUUCUUUCGGCUUGGUAUUCCCUCAGCUAUAAUGAUCUGCCUUAAAUGGUGGUCAGUGGAGCUGUUAAUCUUGCUGUCAGGCCUCUUACCAAAUCCAAAGUUAGAGACAUCUGUGCUAUCCAUAUGCCUCACAAUCUCCACUCUACACUUCACUAUAGCUUAUGGAGUUGGGGCAGCUGCAAGGUAACGCAUUGUGCCUAUCUUCUGCCUUUAUCUAUUAGCUAAGCUUUCAAGUCAAACUAUUCUUGA